AUGGAUCAGGCCCUCACGCUUUGGGAGGAAUUCCUCGCCGAGAAUGACCAGGUCGAGUUUGUCUGGUUACAGUUCCUGUCCUUAUUGUCGACCCCCCUCGCCCGCAUGGUGCCGAGGGCUAAAUUCUCGGAUAUGUUAAAGCAGGGUCAAUGGCUCUCCAUGACCAGUGCCAUACUACAUCUUCUCCCGGGCGAUCGGCUCGCCGACGGCGCCAGCCCCACGGGUAAGCUCCACCUGCGGCCAGAUUUCAGCACCGCAUACUGUCAGUUUGGUUCCAACGGGACUCGCGCCGUGAUUAACGUGGACUGUGUGGAUGAGCACGGCGCGCCAAUCGCCGAAUGCGCGCGGUCCAAAGUUCGCGAACUCCACGAUCGGCUGGAACGUGAGACCCAAACCGCCCUCCUGGUGGGCUUCGAGGUGGAGGUCAUGUUCGUGCGGCCUAGAGAGGAUGGGGGCAAAGUUCUCGAAUACGAGGCAAUCAAUUCGGAGCAUUCGUUCACCAGCAUGACGCCGGAAGACCGGACGUACCUGGAUCUGAUCGAGGCUGUGGCCCGUGCUUUGGCGACGCCUCUCCAGGCGAUCGAUAUGCUGUUGCGGGCUCGCGAAACAAUCAUGAUCGUGGCUAAGAGCUUUGGACUACGGGCGACAGUCUACACACAGCCCUUUCCGGAGAGGCCAUGCAACGGCGCCCAUGUGCACCUGUCCGUGAAUCCAUUGGAGGGCAAGGGAGACGCACGGUUUCUACGGGGCGCGGAGUCCUUCUUCGCUGGAAUUAUGCGGCAUUUUCCCGCUGUUCUCGCGUUCUCAUUACCCAGCGACAUUAGCUACUGUCGUGUCGCAACCGGGGUCUGGAGUGGAGGUGAGUAUGCUGCUUGGGGAUGGGAAAAUAAGGAGGUCGCUCUCCGGCGCAUCCAGGAAAACCGGUUUGAAGUGAAGUUGGUGGAUGGCCUGUCGAACCCGUUUUUGGUUCUCUCUGCGCUGCUCAGCGCUGGGACCGAUGGGAUGCGAGCCAACCUGCCUCUCCGAGGAGGCCACUGUCACAAGGGUGCUGCUCAACUGUCUGCCGAGGAACGAGAGGCAUUGGGUGUCAAGGACAUCUUGCCCACCACUCUCGAUAACAGUUUGGCUUUCUUGGCAGGGGACUAUGUAAUGCGGGACUUGCUGGGGCCAGACCUGGUGUCAAGCUAUAUAUCUCUUAAAAAAGGGGAGGCGGUAUUUCUCCGCGCCAUGGAACAGGAUGAACGGAGGCGAUGGCUGAUUGCAAGACACUAGAUGGUAAAUUGUACAAUUUUGUUCUUACUUACGGGAAAUAUAUUGGAUAUUGCCAUUAUUAAAAGUCGAUUCGAGAACAGAGUCGCCUUU